CCCCGCCCCGCCCUGCCGCGGCCGCUCAAUUAACCGCUGCGCGGAACAGCGGCAGCCGCAGUUGGGCAGCUUCUCUUCUGCUUGUGGCCAUGAGCCGAGCUCGCGCGCCGGGGACUCGGCCGCCACCGCCGCCUCUGCUGCUGCUGCUGCCGCUGCUGCCGUUGCUGCUGUGCCCGACUGUGCGGGGUGACUGCGGCCUUCCUCCAGACAUUCCUAAUGCCACGCCGUCGUUGGAGGGAAAAACCAGUUUUCCCGAGAAAAGCAGUGUGGUGUAUACCUGUAACAAAGGCUAUCAAGAAAUUCCAAACAAGUUGAACACAGCGACCUGUCUUAAUGGCAGUUGGUCUAACCUCGAAACGUUCUGUAACCAAAGCUGUGAUGCUCCAACAAUGGUUCCUUUUGCAUCCCUCAAAAAGAUAUAUAUCACUGUGAAUUAUUUCCCGAUUGGUACCGUUGUGGAGUAUGAGUGCCGGCCAGGAUAUCUCAGAGUUCCUUCACUCUCAGGAAAGUCAACUUGUCUUGCGAAUUUAGAAUGGUCCAAAAUUGAUGAAAUUUGUAAAAAGAAAUCAUGUCCUAAUCCUGGAGACUUGUCAAAUGGUCACAUCAACAUACCUAAGGGCCUGUUAUUUGGUUCAAAAAUACAAUUCUCAUGCAACACAGGGUACAAGCUAGUUGGUUCAACCUUUAGCUUCUGUGUUGUUUGGGGCGAUUCUGUUAACUGGGACAGCGACAUUCCAACGUGUGUAGAAAUUUUUUGUCCAGACCCACCAAAGAUCAGCAAUGGAGAAAUACACGGGGAAAGUGACUCCUAUGUUUACAGACAAGUUGUCACUUACACAUGUGCCAAAGGCUUCCUCCUGGUUGGGGAGCACUCCAUUUACUGCAACGUGAACCAGGACUACGGGGAGUGGAGCGGCCCUCCACCGAGCUGCAUGGAGAAAUCCACGAUACCAACAACACCUCAGAAACCAACAACAGUUCAUAUUGCAGGUACAACAGUCCUAUCAACGUCUAAGAGGCCCACCACAGCAACGCCUUAUGUACCUGCUACCAAGACAACAGUGCAGCGUCCAACAAGAACAUCUAAAGUCAAUGAAAAAUCGACCUCAGGUGGUGACCAUCUUAUAUAUGGGCAUACAUGUUUAAUAACCUUGACAGUUUUGCAUGCGAUGCUAUUACUCAUUGGCUAGUUGACUUAGCCAAAGAAGAGUUAAGAAGAAAUGUAAUGCAACCACUGAGAAUACUUCUAGUUUGCUAGAAUGUACAAGAGGAAUGGAUACAAUAAAUUUUAUAGAUGUUGCCUAUUUUGCUAAAAUUGUCUUUAAGGUGUGUGAGGAAUGUUAACAAAGCAAGAAGAAAGGGAUUUGUCUGAAGUGGUAUUCUCAAUGCAAAUAAAUCUCUUGAAAAUAUUUCAGAACCAGGAAAAUUCCCUACAUUGAAUGCUCUCUUUUCUAAAAAGUGUGGGAAAGUAUAGACAUUUUUCAUGCUUAGCUUGGUGGUAUGGGGUAAAGAAAAUCAUGAUUUCUUUUGCUAGAUGUAUCAUGUUAUUCUAGCUUACAAUGAAAAUAGGAAGCUAAAAAUAUUAAUUAGAUUUCAAAAGUAGAACAAAGACCCCAAACUAAUUUUUCUUUCUUCUAAACAAAACUGCCACAGAAAUAGAACAUUCUAAUUUGACCUUUGACCUGAAGGGGUUUUCAUUUCUACUUUUCAUGAAAAUGAGUGGGCAAGAUGUUGUAAAGGAAGAACAUGCUAACAAACCAGUGAUGGGAUGGGAAAGCAGCUCACUCGGUGAAGCUGACAUGCUUGCCUAACACGAGUGCAUCCCGAGCUUCCUUCCUCCCAGUACUUGUGAGGUGAAGCCCGGGAAUCAGAACCUCAAGGUCAUUCUCCGUUACCUGGUAAGGUUCAGGCCAGUCUGUGACACCUGAGACUCCAUCUCAACAAACAGACAUGGUAAGGUAAAUGAUAGAUAGAUGAUAGGUGAUAGAGAGAUAGAUGAUAGAUAGAUAGACAGACAGGCAGAUAGAUAGAUGAUAGGUGAUAGAGAGAUAGAUGAUAGACAGACAGACAGGUUGAUAGAUAGAUAGACAGAUAGCUAGAUAGAUAGAUACAUAGAUAGGUAGAUAAAAAAUGAAGAAUGUUGAGCCUUCUGACUUGGUGGCAAAGGAAGAGGAUACGGUUAAAGAUUAAUCUCAUGGCUGCAUUACACUGUUGUGAGACUCUAAUCUCCCUUUGAACGGGGAUCUGAGUCAGCAGUAGUUCGUGCUUUUAAGAAGGAUAAGCUAGUUUUGCUCUCAGGGAAAUAUUUUCUUGUUUUCUCUAGUGAAAAAAUUUUAGGGAGGGGGCUUUUUGACUGGUCAUUAGUGCUUCCAUAACCUCUGCAUAUGAAAAGAUUCUGUACUUCUGAUGUGAUAUGUUUAUCACCCCAUUGUAAUAUUCUUAUUCUUUUGUAAUAUUAAGAUGGAUCUAUAUAUAUUUAUUUAUAUCAGUGAAUAUCUUGGUUUUAAAUGUAUAUCAAGAAGAUAUGUAAUAAAAUAAUUUCCUUUAAAUAGAAAUAAAUAUACUGCUGUGUCAUGUAA